GGGGUUCAGAUACAAAUUUCAUUUCUAGAUGCCCAGAGGAACCCCGCUGUUUUUACCAGUGAUUGACAUUCUGAUUCGGGCGAAGCGCCUAGUGGAAGAGUGAGAAUCUUCGUGAUAUCAUACCCUUGGCAACCCCAUUACCAGCGCAGCAGUAGAGCUCACCCAAACUGCAAUUCAGCUUCCCGACGCUUGGAACCCUCAUCAAAACGCCAAUUACGACGAGGUUUUCAGGAAAAUGAGCAUCAAAGUAGGAUAUGUUCCGGGUUGGUUACCGCUUAACUUAUUCCCCCCCAAAUAUUCUAGCCAUAAAAUACUACUAACAAUCAAACAACUCACAGAGCAUUUCUCCACCCCUCUCCACUUUGCCGAAGCCCACGGCUUUUUCACUUCCCGUUCCCUCUCAAUCACCCUGAUCCCCUUCCCAUCGGGCACGGGGCACAUGGUCAAGUCCCUCUCUUCGGGGGAAAUCUCCAUCGCAAUUGGCCUAACCGAAGGUUGGAUCUCGGCAAUCGCGAAUGGCAACAGCAACUUCAAGAUAGCGGGCAAGUACGUUGCCACACCGCUGUGUUGGGCGAUUUCUACGGGGACGCAACAAGGGGUUGACCAUGUGGAGAAGCUAGCCGGUGGAAAGUUGGGGGUUUCGAGGAUUGGGAGCGGAAGUUAUGUUAUGGGGUUUGUGCUGGCGCAGGCCAAUGGGUGGUUGAAGGAGGGGAAAGAGCCGUUUGAGUUUGUGGUCCUGGAUGAUUUCAAGGGGUUGAGGGAUGGGGUUAACUGUUUGUCUUCUUUUUCCCCCAUUAAUACCUUUUGGGGGGAGUGGGUGAAGAGGAAGCAUAAGCUUACGUUCGUGGGAAAUAUCUGCAGCUGGAAAGGCGGAUGGGUUCAUGUGGGAGUACUACACUUCAAAGUAACCGCCCCGUGGCACCCUCCCUACCUCAAUCUAUGUCUUCCAGUGAUUGACGUUCAUAGGAGAUACUACGAUUCCAACGAGAUCAAAAAUGUCGGUGAAAUCUACACCCCCUGGCCAUCCUGGCAUAUCGUUUCCUCGAAUAACCUACCACCCGCCGCUGUCGGUCCAUUCCUGGAAGCGGUGAACGAAGGAAUCGCCUAUUUCAACACCCACAAAGAUGAGGCAGUUGGGUACAUAUCAACACACCUAGACUAUUCUAAAGAAGACGCCCAGGAAUGGUUGGGUACCGUGGAGUUUGCAAGUGAUGUGCGAAAGGUUGACGAGAAGGAUAUCAAUGAGACUCUCAAAGUGCUCAGAGAGGCGGGAGUGGUGAGGGAUAGUAAAGUUAGUUAUCAGGAUGUGGUUCUGAACCUUUGAUAGCUUACCGUAUGCUUGCCGGGGGGGGGGGGAGGUAAAUUGAGAGUGUAGGCUCUCACUCGUGGCAAACACUCGAUAACUUAUUACCUUGUUUUUAAAAGUUUAGUGCGGUCUCAUAAAUAAAUAAAUAAACCCCAGUGCUUUGCAUGGACCAUUCCAGUUUG